UCACUUAGAGAUUUCAACAAAGAGAAAAAGAAAGAGAGAGAGUUUUAGAAGAGCUUUAGUUAACAAAAGUGAAAAAGUAAAGGCAAGCUUACUCACUCAAGGCAAAGAUGAUCAAGUUGAGGUCAACAAAGAAGUACUUUGGAAGAAGCAGCUCUAAGCUUAGCAGUAAAGCACUAAAAGGAGCUGAAAAUCAAAAGGAAUUGGGAGCAAAUAAUAAUAUUGCUGAAAUCAAAUGGGAGCUUAGGCCAGGUGGUAUGCUUGUUCAAAGGAGAGAAAGUGGUCAAAGUGAUGGAGAAGGACUAAUUACCAUUAGAGUCUCCACUGUCUCACAAUGGCAUGACAUAUCUAUUGAAUCCACUUCUACUUUUGGGGAAUUGAAGAUGAUAUUGUCAUUGGUGACUGGUAUGGAGCCAAGAGAACAAAGGCUAUUGUUCAAAGGGAAAGAGAGAGAUGAUGGUGAUUACUUACACAUGGUUGGGGUUAGAGACAAGGACAAAGUGCUCUUGCUACAAGAUCCAGCUAUCAAGGAAAUGAAGCUUCUUGCCCAACCCAUUACAAACUCUUGCUAUACCAUUAGGGUAUGAUAAAAAAAAAAAAAAAAAACCCCAUUAAAUAUAAAAAAUAUUGCUCAACAACUAACCACUUAAAAAUAUUAAAAAAAAAAACUAGUAGUGAAAUAUGGUGAUGGUUCUAUUAUUAGCACCGGAGCUUGGUAGAUUCUUAACGAGGCACUUUUAUUAGUGUGUCAUUUUAUGUCGGCCGGGGAAAUUAAAAAUAUGCAAAAAUAUGUGUGUAAGCUGGUUGAUGCAUAUAUAUCUGCAUCAUUUUCCCAUAGUUUACAUCUGUUUGUUUGUAUUUUUUUUUUUUUUUUUAUGUAGUAGAUGUUGAUUUCCAUGUAAUGAAAUGUGUAAAUCUUUAAUGGUAUUUGCUUUUGGCCAAAUUGAGCCUCAA